AUGAAGUUCGGUGAACAUUUAGUAUCUCAUGUGACUCCAGAAUGGAGUUCUCGAUAUAUUGAAUACGAAUAUUUGAAAGAGUUGCUUGAACAAGCCGUAGUUGAAGCACCAGCCGUAACGGAUGAUGGCGACAAUAGAUUGCGUGAACAAUAUUUUCGUGAAGUGGAUGUUUCAUUUUUUCAAGUUUGCGAUAAAGAACUAACAAAGAUCAAUACUUUCUUUGCUGAAAAACUGGCUGAACUACGUUGGACUAACGAUAGUUUACGUUCGUGA